CACUCGAGCGCAACGAUGACGUCGACCGAGCCAGCGAUGCAAGUCUUCGAGUGCGUUCGCAACAUGUGGGCGACGCGGGCCUUGGCGACCGUCGCGUCGCUCAAGAUUCCAGACCUCCUGCGCGACGGCCCGCUGCGCGCCGAUGAGAUUGCGGCGCAGCUCGGGCUCCAUGCCGACAGCGUCUUUCGCCUCCUUCGCGCAGUCGCGUCCAUGGGCUUUCUCUCGCACGACACCACCAACGUCUUUGCGCUCACACCAUCGGGCGAGGCGCUCAUCUCGGACGUCCCGGGCUCGAUGCGCUCGUACCUUGUGGCCAUGACGGCGCCGGGGCACUGGCUGCCGUGGGGCAACCUCGAGCACACGAUCCGCCAUGGCACACCAGCAACCGACAUGGAGCUCGGCGCCGACCUCGGCAGCUACUACGCCAAGAACGAGGCCGAGGGCCACCUCUUCAACGACGCAAUGGCCAACGUGUUUGCGAUCUCGGGCGCCGUCUGCCUCGAGCACUACGCCUUUGACGACGUCGUGACCGACGACAUGACGGUCGUCGACGUUGGCGGCGCGCACGGCGACUUUCUCAUGGAGGUGCUCGCCGCGCUCAACCGCCCCGAGACGAUCCGCGGCGUCCUCUUUGAUUUGCCCCAUGUGGUCCAGGAAGCUGCCACGUAUGGCAACCUGAGUCUUGCCAUUGACUGCGUGCCGGGCGACUUUUUCGAGUCGGUGCCGCCCGGCGACUUGUAUUUGCUCAAGCACAUUUUGCACGAGUGGGACGACGCGCAUUGCGUGACGCUGCUGCGUCACAUCCGCGCGGCGAUGCCAGCGACCGGCCGCGUACUCAUCGUUGACGUCGUCCUCGCCGAGACGCCCGACGACUCGACCGCGAUGCUGGACCUCAACACGAUGGUCAUGUUUCGCGGCCGCGAGCGCACGGAAGCCGAGUUCCAUGACCUCUUGAGCGCCGCCGAGAUGCACCUCGUGCGUGUCAUCCGCACCGGCACGCCUUUCUCGAUCAUCGAAGCGGUUGCGAUCUAAGCUACUAAUAUGCUUGGCUACUACAACGCUAUCACGCUGCUUUCAACGACCAA